CACCAUACUGAUCUCUCUGUGGUUCCACUGGUAAUACGCUUUGUUCUUACUUUUCUUAUUCGUUUGCUUGCAGAUUUUAUUGUCGCACUCAAGGAUGUUUCCGUAUCCAUACCACAGGCAGUGAAACGUGGCAGCAAUGCUCUGCUUACAUGCAAUUACGAUAUGGAAAAUGAGACUUUAUAUUCAGUGAAAUGGUACAAGGGACGACGUGAGUUUUAUCGUUACACACCCAAGGAAAAUCCGGCAAUGAAAGUUUUUGGAUUUAUAACUGGACUAAACGUAGAGCGCAACCUGUCUAACCAGAGCCAUGUCGUUCUCACAGCCGUGCCGUUGAACAUAUCAGGAAAAUUCACUUGUGAAAUUUCAGUGGAUGCGCCAUCAUUCCAAACGGCUAUGGUGUCUGGUGAAAUGGAAGUUGUAGAAUUGCCGGAACAGCAAGCAACCGUAACUGGCAUACAGCCACGGUAUCGUAUUGGCGAUUUGGUUGAUGGCAAUUGCUCAAUUAAAUUCUCGAAACCGGCUGCUAAUUUGACAUGGACUAUUAAUGGUCUUGUGGUAUCACCCCAUCACAUUAAAACUUAUCAGAUUGAAAAGUACGAGGAUACGAAUCUGGAAUCUGUUGUCAGUGCAGUUCACUUCAUGGUCACCACCCAGCACUUUAGUAACGCACAAAUGAGACUCAAAUGUACCGCCAGCAUUUUUGAUAUAUUUAAAGAAGAAAUUGAGAAUAUUAUUGAAGAGGAUCGCCCACGUAUUAUGGCAUCUGGCAGAUCGUAUGAUAUGAACAAUUAUCCCUACGAACAGCAUGCAAGUGGUGAUGGAUUUGAAGAUCAUAAUGAAUCAUAUUUAACAUAUUAUUCCGCAGCCGAUAUGUCCUCAUCAGCAACGCCAACUACUCGCAUUUUCCUUCACACAUAUGAAAAACGUUUAAUGCACAUUUGGAAAACUCUGUAUGCCACGAUGAAGGGAAAUUCCUUUAAAAUUGCUUCACGUAUAUCAGAUGAUACAACAACAACAGCAAUAGGAUUGCAACAUUAUAUCAAAAGUGGUUUAGAAAAAUUGGCAAGAAAAAUGCAGACUGCAAUUGAAAAAUUAAAUGACAGAUGGCACUACCUUACAGAAAAGCAGCAACAGAGCAGAAGAAAUUUUAAUGCAUUCAAUGAAAAUGACAGCAGCAUUAGUGCAAUUGAUGUUGUUGCUGCUGGCAUUAUUGUUGCUAGUCGCUCUGGCAGUGUAGCUGUUUCUGCUGUUGCAAUGGGUAUAAUACUGACACAUCAUUUUAUGAGCUGUCAAAAUAGUCGCAAUAAGGAAAAGGAACAACUGAAAGAAAAGGAUACCAAAAACGAAAAGGUUGAAAAAAAUAACAAUGAAAAAACAACAAAUGCAAAAGCAAAAGCAAAAGACAACAAAAAAGACGUUGAUAAUAAUGGUGAAAAUAAUAAUAAGAGUAAAAAUAGAAAUAAAUGCAAAGAAAAUGAAGAAGGACUAGUCACAGCAACUGUUGUAACAAAUCAGCAGCAACAAUUUUUAACUGAUGCACUGUCAGAUCUCACAGCAAAAAGGACAUGCAGAAAAUCCUUUUAUAAUUGCACGAGAAAAAAUACAAACGAAGCGCACAGAAUUUCAUUACUAAAAUGGCAAAAGAAUUAUCAACAGCAACAGCGGCAACAGCAGCAGCAACAGCAGCAGCAAAAUAACCAACACCGACACCCACAACAGCAACAAUUGCAGCAACAUAAUAACAAAGCAGAAAAUCAAAAUGAUGACGGCAAUUCAAAGGUUGCACGUCAACAACUGUCGCUGACACUUGCUACCAUUGCGAUUGGUGCUGCUAUCACAGUUGCUGUUGCUACUACGACUAUUGCUGCUGCCUCUGUUGCUUGCAUUAUUGCUGCUGCCACUGAUGUUAAAUACAAUUUCACAAAGUAUAUGUCAAAGGAUCAAACAUUAUUGAUGACAGCGCCACAUAAAUGCGUGCAUAUACGCGAACGCGGAUCGCAAAACGAAAACGAAUUCGAAUUUGAUGGUAAAUGCAAUUGCAAUUCCAGCGCUGAUGGUAAUGUCGAUGGUGAUGGCAAUGGCAAUGGUGAUGGCAAUGGUGAUGGCAAUGGUGAUGGCGAUGGCGAUAGCGAUGGCGAUGGCGUUGGCGAUGGCAAUGGUAUUCUUGGCCAUAUUGAGCGCAAUUGCAACGUACGCCAUUUUGUUGUUGCUAAACCAUUCAAAAUGGAAUUUGUAAAGCAAACGCUUCAUCACUGCUGA